AUGGGAGCCAAUUCAUUUAAAGGCUCAGCUAUAAUGAGUGGAGCCACAACAAAAGCAAGUUAUUUGAUUUAGAAUUCAGCCAAGGGAACUAUUAUCAGUAACAGUGAGUCCUAAUUUUCAGGUGUUUCAAAUUAACAGAAAAUAAUACAGCAGAGGAAUCAUCGUCAUUUCCUUAGUAAUGAGAAGCCCUAAUUUGAUAUCACAAAUCGCGACAGAUUUCAGAAGAGCAUAUUUAAAACAGUUUGCGAAUAAAAAAAAGAAUUUGAGUUUACAGAUGGCCCUUAAUUUGAGUCAAGUUUUGAGGACAGCUUGAAUCAGUCUUUAAAUAAAAGUUCAGAUCGGGAUGUUUAGACAACUAUAAAGAAGGAAUUUGUGUCAAACAUGAAUCCGCAUUAUCUAAAGCGUAGAGAUUAAAUGCUAAAUGAUUAUGUCUGGUAUGCAGCAUAUGAUGAUGAUUUGCUGAAUGAUAAUAUGCUCAGAAACAUUAAAAAAUGCGGAGAUAAGACCUUUCCCUUAGAAUUUCAAUCACUAAGAAUAGAAUCUUUCGAGAUAGUGUUCCAAGAGCCAAACUUUAUUUAUCUCUAAAAAAAACAUGUAAAAUACAGCUGUUUAAUUAAUUAUUAGAAUGCUUAAGUCUUGAUAAAAGCAUUCUUGAUUUCAUUUCAGCAACUAGUAGAUUUAUGCGUGAUAAAAAACAGAAAUUUCUUGAGUUUACGAGAACCUGAUGAAUUCGACGACAAUGUUGUCAUAACUUAGGCAUCUGAUUAAGAGUUAUACGAAAUCUAAUUUCCUGAAUCAGGAGAACCAAUAAAUUAUGAUAUGAUUUUUUCACUUGGGAAAUAUGAUGGACUACCUAUUUUUGCGUUCUCUAACAAGGAUAAAUCUUAUAUAAAUGGAAGACCAUCUAUGUAGCCUUCGUUUUUGAAGCACAUUGGCAACUGUCAAGUUAAUAUAGAAUUUAUCAGUUCAAUAUUUAGAGGAUUAUCUGAAAGUUUCCCAUAAUUUACAGUUGAUUAUCUACUGUUUUAUUUGUAUUCAAAACCAGGAAUCAAUUAAAAACUCACAAUAGAAGAGCUAACCACAGUGAGAUUAUAGGGGCUUUAGGAUUCGUUUAGAUAACUAGAGGAGACUAAAAGAUAAACUUUGAAUAAAAUCAUUGAGCAGUCAAGUAUAGAUUAAAAUUAUUUUGACAUGGAGCACAGCCUUAUGAAAAAUAAGCAAAGAUCUGAUAUGAAAUUUAACACCAAUAAUAAAUAAAAUAAUCAAGGCAAAGUAUAAAAUCUGCUAAAUUCCUUAACAAAAUAGGAGAUUGUAGAUCCUUUUUAAUCUAAUAAAUUUCAAAGCUCAGCCACUGGUGGAGGUAGACGCUUUAACCAAAGCAUUAGUAAUGGCUUGAAACUCUUUAGAUCAUAUUAAAGAUCACCUAUGACUAUUAGUAGCUAGGAUUAAGGUGUUUUUGUGAUUCAUAGGUAGGAAGAAGACUUGAUAAAAAGAAUCGACUUUUAAGAAGAGUACUUAGAUUCCUUAGAGAAUGAUUUAAGUCCUUAGAAGAAUAACUUCAAUUAUGAUAUUAAUAAUAAUAAUGGAGUUCAAGUCAAUAUAUCAAACCUACUUGAUGAAAAUUCUGUUCAAAGCAGCUCCGCAUCUAAAUUUCCUGUAUUUAUUGAAGAUUUGAGAUUUGAGUAUUAAGAUUUUUCGCCCUAACAAUAGCAUUAGAAUCAAUUUCAGAGAUAUCGUAGAAAGUUUAAUGUCAGUUCAAGUCAGUAAAAUAUCAAUUUAUCUAAUUAGCUGUCAUAAUAGAAUCUGGGGGUUAGGAAAGUUAAAAGGGUUCCCUUAAAGGAUAUUAAGAACACAGUAAUGAGUAGUUUGAUGAAGAAAAAUUAAGCGAUAGAAAACUAGACAAGAAAAUACAACUUUCAUCCUCUAAAAAGGAUAUAAUCUGGUGAAAGUUCAAAUAAUGUCUCACCAAUUGGAAAAAGAAGAUCUUUUGGUGAUUGUAGUUUGAGUAAUCUGUAGAUAGAAGAAUGUUCAAACAUAUCUGAUGUCUCUUAUGGCAAGAAUUAUCUGAUUAGUAGCAAUAAAGAUCAAAAUUAUUAGAUAAAUCAGUAGCUUUUUAACAACAAUUUUGGUGUAAAAGGACCAGCGUUUAGAUUGCAAACUCAACCGUCCAAUACAGCAAGUUAUGUGUGUCAUACCAAUAGCAAAAACAGUCUACUAUAGUACAAGGGUGACAUUAACAAAGAAAACAAUAUCAAAAUUGUAUCAGAUAGGUCUAAAAACUUUCAUAAUAGUAGAGGGAUCUCCUCAUAUCAUAGAGCAAAGACUAACCUGACAGCUACUAAAAAUCAACUUUCAGCAACCUCUGGGAUCAAAGCAUCAACCUAGACUCAGAAGACAGAAACCUUUAUUAAUGAGAUAAAGUCUAUUCUUGAUAACAUGACUACUCAAAAGAACCUAAGAUACUGA